CUGCUCUCUCCCUUCCCUCCUCCCCAUUACUCUCUCUUGGUUCCCCUCCCCCUGCCCCAGUCCCUCCUCUGUGACACACAGCCCUUCCUGCCUCCCCCUCCCCACACUGUGUGCUGCUGCUGCUGUGCCGUCUACCUCUGGAUGACAACUGUGGCUGUGUGCUGCUGGGACUCCCUCACCCGGUCAGGGUGAGCGCCCCCCAUGCGCAGAGGAGCCGUGUGAGUGUGCAGCCGGGAGCCCUGUGCGCAGGGUGGAGGUCACUCUCUGGCACGCCCGUCUCAUAGGCAAUUAACAUGGAUCAAGAAGAUGGGCAUUAUGGGGGUUUCCAUGCAAUGGGGGCCACAUCAAUCAUUGGAGCAGAGGAUGAGGACUUUGAGAACGAUAUCGAACCGAAUGUGGAUGACCAAAGCAGCUAUUUCCAGAGCAUAGAACAAGUAAAAGAUCAUCCUGCCUAUAUUAUGGUCUUUCUUCAUCAUGUUGUGCUUCAGUUUGACCCAAGCCCACUGCUCUGCUUCCUGCACGUGGAGAUCCUAAGGAGCCUUUCUCCAAAAGAGGGAAAAAAGUCUUUCACGGAUUUCUACAACACGUUCCUGAUGAAGGGAGCAGUUUUGCGUGUCCCAAUUCCGAGUAAUGUGUCCUUUGAACUGGAUCGUACACGGCUAGAUCUCAUCCAGGACGACACAUUGAAGAAAUACCUGCAGGAGAUCCAGAGUUACCAGUUUGCAGAGAUAUGCAGACAGCUGGAAGAUUUCAGGACCAAACGGGUGCUGGGGAUGACGCCAGGGGAGCUGGAACUUACGGAACUUGAGUCUUAUCGGACCAACGACAAAUAUAUAAAGCAAUCCAAAGAGAAGCAGCUGGCUGAGCGUUUGCUGGGAAAGCUGGAUGAUAUGCAUCCAAGCAUCUCUAUGGACGAGGAGAAAAGUUCUGCCAUUGUCCAUGCCAUUGUCGCAUACAUGAAGCACAUCGGAGUGAAGACGAAGGCGGCGGAUAGCAAAAAAUCCAAAAGUGGCUUCUUCAGGAAAAUGGUGUCUGCAAAAAAACCAGACGAGCCGCCGAAAUCCAAGAAACCGUUCAGUAUCUGGAACCGUAGUGAAACUCCUCACAACGUUGAGACCAGACCGACAAAGGUUGAGGCUGAAGCUGAAAAGCCUGUUGCCCCAGAGAGAAGAAUCAGUCAAGGUCAGAGAACGUUUGACAGGAGCGACAGCAGCUCCACCAAACCUAAGAUCACCGCUGAGGGUCCCGAGCCUGGAGUUUCUGUGACCAUACACCCUCCGCCCAGUGAGCCAAGUGACAGUGACACAGUGUCUGACGGGACAUCGCUCGAUGUCACUGAUGUGUCCAAAGGAUCUCCGACAUCUGAAUUAUGCCCCACAGAACAGCAGGAGGACAGUGCCGAGAAUGACAGACGGAAGAAAAGGCUUUCUAGUAAGCUGGGGCGCUCAGAGAGCUUGCGAGUUUAUGAGCGCAAGCGUUCACAGCGAGGCUCCUCCAAAGGCAAGCAGACGCGCUCUCGUAGUGAUGUGGAUCUGGAUGCUGCCGUCCGCGCCAACGACCUGCAGGUCAUCUCAAGCAAAUCUGGGUCCAAGCGAGGCAGCAUCACUCCUGAGCCUGGAGGGAGCACGGAGGGUCUGCAGUCCUUUCUGUCUCCCCAGUCUGAGGAUAAUGAGCCGCGUGUUCCGGAGGCCGAGAACGACCCUCCAAACUGGAGGGAGCUCGUCCCCCAAGAAACACUCCUCGGGCUGAAGAAAAGCGAAAUCAAGCGGCAAGAGGUCAUCAAUGAACUGCUGUUCACAGAACAUGCCCACGUACGGAUGUUGCAUGUAUUACAUGACAUCUUCUACCUUCCCAUGAAAAAUACUUGGAUCCCCACCAUGGAGUUGGAGAACAUUUUCCCCAGUCUGGAUGACCUCAUAGAGGUCCAUGCUUUGUUCCUGGAUAACUUGAAGAAACUGCGUCUGGAAAAUAAUUCCAUCAUCCAGGCGAUUGGGGACACGUUGCUGCAGCGGUUUGACGGUACUGAAGGAUUGUGGUUUCAGAAAAUCUCCUCAAGGUUUUGCAGUCGGCAACCAUUCGCUCUGGAGCAGCUGAAGCAGAAGCAGAAGAAGGACCCUCGAUUUACCCAGUUUAUUCAGGAGGCAGAGAGUAAUCCACAAUGCCGCCGACUGCAGUUGAAGGACAUUAUUCCAUUUGAGAUGCAGAGACUGACCAAAUACCCCCUACUGCUGAAGAACAUUGCCAACCUCACCGAGGAGGAAGAGGAGAAGCAGAAGGUGCAGAUGGCAGCCGAGUGUUGCCGACAGAUCCUAAACCAUGUCAACACUGAAGUGCGAGAGAUGGAGAACCAGAUGAAACUCAGCGAUUACCAAAGACGUCUUGAUAUUUCUAACUUGCGGCAGAGCAAUGAUCCCCUGUUCAGCGAGUUCAAGAACAUAGAUAUCACUAGGAAGAAAUUAAUAUACGAGGGAACCCUUACUUGGAGAGUUAGCAAAGACAAGUCUGUUGAUGUUCUUGUACUCCUCUUGGACGAUAUAUUGAUGCUUCUUCAGAAACAGGAUGAGCGUUUGGUUUUGAAAUGUCAAAGUCGUACGAUCACCCCUACUCCAGAUGGAAAACUCAUGCUGAGUCCGAUCAUUAAGCUGCAUAUGGCAAUAGCUCGUGAGGUGGCUACUGAUAAUAAAGCCUUCUUUGUCAUAUUCAGAUGGGAGGAUAGAGCACAGAUCUAUGAGCUAGUGGCACCGACCACAUCAGAGAAGAAAAACUGGUUUACUCUCAUCAGUCAGAAUACUGGCCCCCUGGAAUCUUCUGCUUACAAACCAAGACCUUCCUUUAGUAACCCAUCCAUGCUUCCUCAGAGCCCCACCGACUAUAAUGAGCAGCUGCUGACCAGCUCAGAGAAUGGAGGUUCCAUGAAAGAGUCCGUCACGAAGGAUGAAAAGGAGGAAUCCAUGGAUGAGGUGGGCUUGGGGCAGGAUGAGAGUGCUGGAGACCAGUCAAACAUAUCUGGACACCUUCUGGACCACAAUUUUCAGACCUACAAGCUGAACCGGUACGCGAGCACAACAGGGAACAUUGCCAUUGAGGCACUAGAGGAAGUGUCUGUGCUGAAGAGGCUACUAGUACGUAAUAUCCGCCUGUCUGCAUGUCUGGAUACAGAGUCUCUCUCUAACCUGGAGAACUGGUCUGACUCUGCUCAAGAGGAGGCUGGAGUGCUUCCACCUGGACAAGAUGAGAAGGCCUCCAAUGGAGAUCAGUUAGAAGACUCUGUGCCAGAUUCUGAGAGAGAUACAAGAGAGCUGGGUGAGGAUGGUCGAGAUUUGGGAACAAGAGAUGUCGGAGAGUCUCUAUGUGCUCCCAUUGUACUGUCCCAGGAACAGUCUGAGGAAGUUAGGAGACACAUCCGUCUACUGGAGCAAAAGGUCCAGCAGCUCAAGGUGCUGGAGGAGGAUUACAACCACCUCCAGAGGACCGUCACCAAAUUCUCCAUACCUCAGAGCAGUUUCACAUGAAACGGGUCAUGCCUUGAGUUAAAGACCCCUCUCCUCGCAGCACCAUGUGGCACGCCCCCUGCCGAAAAUUCCAGGGGCUGAACGCCUCUAGCGCUUCAGUUUCAUCACUCCUGGGAGAGGACAAUGGGGCAGGGUGGUAUUCGUGGGACUAAAUGGACUGCCAGUCAUAGGAAGUGGGUGUGCAGCCUCGUGUUAUUAGAGGGACCCUGUUUUAUUUUUUGGUUGGAUAACACACAAGUGCCUUAUUUCCUUUUAUAUGUAUUUUUUUCAGGGACCGUUGGGGGCGGGGGAGGGUGGGGCUGAUGAAUUCUCUAUAUAUAUUAUGAAAUCUGUUUUUAAAAUAUAUAUAUAUAUAUAUAUAUAUAUCAGAUAUAGAGAUUCUUAUUGUAGCUGUACAGUAAAAUUCUUUGCUUAUUAGAAGAAGACUGGUUUUUCAGUGCCAACUCCCCACAUACAUUAUAUAAAGCUUUGCAAAGCCAAAACCUCGUCUGUAUUUCCCAUUGUUAGCGGAUGGCAGUGUUACAGUUGGUAUUGGAUGCCUGGAUCAGAAUGGGGACAGAAAGUGCAGUGGUCUUGGAGUUUAAGGGUUGACGUGAUGAGCUUUACGAAGAAAACGUGAUGCAGUACGUUUGGUAACAGUUGGAGAUGAUGGUGUAAACUUUAUACAGGAAUAAGAUUAUCCGUGGGUUUAUAUUGGAUUAUCAGUCCCCAAAAGAGCUUUUUGGUUCAUUAUAGAACUAAGUAAUGUAUUUUGUAAUGUAUUUUUGUGUAUCUCUUGUGCUUUAGGAAUGAAAUGUUCAUCCUGACGAGUAAAUUAUCGGCAGGGAAUUAAUAUUCCAAUUUUUACAUUUUUGUACAGUAUAGUCCCCCUGUACGGGACUGGUAGUAAAACACCGACCUGUGAUCCCAAAAUCUUCUGUAUAGGAUUAGGCGUAAGAUACGUGUUGGUGAUAAUGUUGUGGAGGGUUGAAACGUAUGUGUAUAAAACAGGUGGUCUAGAUUAGUGUUCCAUGUAUGUGGUCAGCAGCCCUAUAAACUAGCAAUGUGCGUAGACUCAUUGUAAUCCAGGCAUCUGCUCUGUAACAUGUAGAAUUAUUGUGUUGAUGGCUUGCAACCCCCACCAAAUAAAGUAAAUACCCCUGCUUUGGGUGCAAACAUUGUCUAAGAGAAGACGAAGAAAACCUGCGACUCUGCAGUUGCGGUAGAACUACGUCCUAUGUACUAGACUUUGGCAGGUAGAGUAUGCUGGGACUGGUAGUUCUACUGCCUCUAGAAAGGUACAUGUUUCCUGACUCUGAUGUAAGGGAAUCUGUAAAUCACUGAACACAGAUCUGAAGGUGGGUUAUGUAAUUAUAAUAUAUUAUUGAAGCUUUUGGGUUGUAUUUUAGGAGGUGUGUUGGGGAGUAUGAUAUGCCAGUGAGAUGUAUUUUUAGUGUAUGCCAAAGACCAUUUUUCGGAAACUGUUACUUUGAAAAAAAAAAAAAAAAAAGGGCUCAAAAAAUAAAGUUUUUGUUUUUUU